AUGAGCACAUCUCCCUCCUCAGACUCCGAUCAAAUGCUCGCUCACUUCAGACAAGCCCUCCAGAGCUUCCGCACCUCGAACGCGCCGUUCCGAAUCCUCUCCUCGAUCCCCAAACCUCUCAAUUCAACAACAGCCCUUCCCCCACCUCCGCCUCCAAAAACCCUCUAUAUCCUCGAUUCGUCCUUCAACCCGCCUACCCUCGCCCAUGCCCGCAUAAUUCUCUCCGCCCUCCAUUCCUCCACAUCUGAAUCAACCCCUCACCGUGUUCUCCUUCUCCUUGCCAUACAAAAUGCGGACAAGGCUCCCAAACCGGCGUCUUUCGAAGCGCGAUUGGCAAUGAUGGAAAUAUUUGCACAAGAUCUUCUCGUGAACCUCAAGACAACGUCAAAAUCUGCACCCGAAACAAGUGAAGUUGGGAUAGAUAUCGCAGUUACAACACUCCCAUAUUUUGCAGAUAAAUACCCGCAUAUAUCGCCAUCAGAAGCAUACCCGUUUCCUAGAACGGAACAAGUACAUUUAAUAGGGUACGAUACGUUAGUCAGACUGCUUGAUACGAAAUACUACCCGCCAUCACAUAAUCUCAAGCCAAUCCAGCCUUUUCUGGAGAAACAUAGAUUGAGGGUUACGUACCGGGCUGAUGACGAGUGGGGUGAUCGGGAGGCGCAGGAUAGGUACUUGAGAGAGCUGGGCGAGGGGAAGAGAGAGGAUGUUGGGGGCUUAAGAGAGUGGGUUACGGAGAAGAGGAUUGAGAUGGUGGAGGGGAGGAAGGAUGGCGAGGAGGUCGUAAGUAGUACGAAGGUGAGGAAUGCGGUUUCGAAGGGCGACGAGGAAGCUCUAGGGAAGCUCGUUACGACAGGUGUGAAAGACUGGGUGUUGAGAGAGGGGUUGUACAGAGAGUGA